UCGUGACGUCUGCCGGAAGAGGCGCUCUGCUGUGUGUUCUGUUUUUCAACAGCAGUGCGAAAGUCCUUCACUUCCAUCGGUUUUUUUAUGUACAUUUUCUUUAAUUUUGCGUUUUCAUCAUUACGGAUAUGACGCUAAUGUGACAUAGAUGUGUUUAUGGGCGCGCGCGCAUGCGGGUCGAAUUAUUUACAGUGUUUUUGCGGCUUUGUGAUGAGGAGGUGAUGAUCAGAUGAUGGCGCCCUCUAAGAUGAAGUUGCGUGUGAGGAAGAGAGACAGCGUUGCCAAAUCUUCCCAGCGUUUAUUAGCCAAUGCGUCGCCAGAUUCCAAAUGCCCCAUCUGCCUCGACGGAUUCAAUAACGUGGCGUCGCUGGACCGCUGCCUGCACCAGUUCUGUUUCCGCUGCAUCCACGAGUGGUCCAAAAACAAAGCGGAGUGUCCGCUCUGCAAACAGCCGUUCCACUCCAUAUUCCACUCCGUUAAAGGGGAAACCGACUUUAAGGAGUUUGUGCUGCCGCCGGUGGAGAAUGGAUUGGCUUUGAACGCCGCCGCUGGCAAUGCGCCAGAGCGCGUGCUCCGCCCCCGAGUCCUCCGAGGCAGAGAGAGGCGGAGCCAAAGAACGCAACAGCCCGCCCCUUCCUCUUCCCCUCCGCUGGAGGACGACGUCAUGUUUGAUGGUCUCUCAGAUGCGGCGGCGCUAACAGGGAACCAAGACGUGCAGCAGAUGGUGCUGCGACUGACGGCGCGCAGACGAGGGCGGGGCGAGGGGCGGAGCCUGCGGCGCUUGCGGGAACAGGAUGUGGUGGCGUUUCGACGUGCGCUUUACAGGACUGGCGUACGUGUGCGAAACACAAGAGACGUCGGCAGGCAGAGGGACAUUUCAGCGUCGUUCUUACGACAAAACCCCGGAUGUUUGCGCCGACUUUUGCCUUGGCUGCAGCGCGAGCUUACGGUGUUGUACGGUUCACACGGAUCGCUGGUGAACAUCGUGCAGAACAUUAUCAUCUCACGCAUCAUGAACUACGACAUGGAGGACUCGGCCAUCCGGGACGAGCUCCGCCCCUUCCUGCUGGCGCGCACUGACCACUUCCUGCACGAGCUGGUGAGUUUCGCCCGCUCGACCCUCAACAUGGAGGCGUAUGACCAGCAGGCCAUUUACGACUGUCCCGCUCCCAGCUACGAGGAGGGCAGCAGCUCGGACCUUUCUGUUAUCGCCAUCUCUGAGGAUGAUGAUAAUGACAGUGAGGACAAUGUUACAGAGAAUCCCUCUGCUGUCCAGGAACGCCUUGCAUCCGUUGCCACUGCAAGUGGAACAGAAAGUUUGCUGAGUCAGUCAGCCUGGGAUGACGAGACGCCUGGUCCCUCCUAUUCAACCAUCUUUCCCUCUUCUAGCCAGUCACUGGAUGAGGGGGCGGAGCCAAGCUCAAGCACAGCCCCGCCUUUCAGCGGCCCUGACAUGACUGACCAUGCGGCGAGUGGCAACGUGUCAGCUGGACCGGGUGAAGAUAAUGAAGAGGAAGAGUGCCUGAUUGUGGGAUAUGUGAAGCCGAUGGCCGAACGGACCCCAGAGCUUGUUCAGCUUUCCUCUGAUUCGUCGGAAGAGGAGCAGGAGGCGGCCCCUAUGGAGACGAUGGCCACAGUAACGAAAUCAGAGACAUCCCAAAUGGAGCUUCCUUCGCAGUCCCACAUGAACCUGCUUAAUCCCAGUUCCUCCCCAGGCCCCGCUCCCUCAUGCAGUCCCCAACGGACACACUCGCACAGCAGAGAAAGAGAGGCCGACUACUUGCUCUGCCGUGGUCACCUGUCCAAAGAUGGUUCACAUUUACAACAGAAUCGAGAUGACUCUGAGCACAGAGCUCACGGGAGACGCAAAGACCGCUCACGUCGGCGAGAGAAAGAGAAAGCCAAGAGUUUAGGAAAAUCACGGCACUACAAGCCCCCAGAUUGCUCGCCAAUCCAAACACGUUCGCCUCCGAGUUGGUCCGGCCAGAGCCCUAUGGUGUCUAUCUGGAGUAGCAGCCCUGUCUCUGGGUCACACGGUAGCGACUGCUCUCCCUCUCGAAACAACACAAGCCGAGAGCAUUUGUGCCCCAUGCAGGAGAUACUCUCACAGUCUCCUACUUACUCUAGGAGGAGGAGAACCAGGGAAAGGAGGAGCAGGUCUCCCGACUCGGACUCGUUCCUUGGUUCCCACCAUCCCCGAGAGUCACAGCGCUGCCGUAAACGCCGCAAGCGGGUGGUCAGCAGCAGCAGUGCCGACUCACAAUCCGAAAGGUCCUGCUUGGACAAACCUAGUGGCAAACGCAAGUACAAAACCCGACACUUGGAGCGAGCGGCCCAGCGGCAGCACGGGGAGGGAACCGCAACCAAGGAAAAGCGGCGACGGCGCAGUAGGGAACGAUCUCCUAGUGUGGAGAUCAUCUACGAACGAAAGGCACCCGAACCGCAUUGGCACCAGCGGAAAAAGAGGAGGCACCGAAAGCGGAAGAGGGAACUCCGUUCCCCCACGGUGAUCACGAUUGAUAGCGACAGUGACCGUACCAUCGACUGUCUGGACCGUGUCAUGGAUGUUAUAGACCAAACAGUUGCAGAUGUCGAGCUGAGGGACGGGACUCCUGGGCAAGAUAUGAUCCAGAACACAAGUUGUACCUUGGCCUCCUCAAAUCCUCAAUCCAAGUCCUCGAGUCCCAUAGGCCACACUGACCCAACCACUGAGCGCACACUAAACCUGGACGACUGUGUGGUAGAUGUAGUCGACCACAGUAGUUCCGACUGCUCCCGAAAUCUGGAUGGCAGUAUCCAUGAAGAGUUUGUGCCUGAUCCCUUCCCAAUGGCUUCAAUGACACCAGCCCCACCUUCGGACACAAGGCUCCUUGAAACUAUACUGCAAGAUCUUGAGGAAUUCCUACCAGGGGUGGAGCCAAGUCCUUGCACAAGUUCUCCCGUCCAACAGGAACGUGCUUCUAGCCCUCAAAAAGACCAAUCAUUCAUGAGAGGAGUUGCGGAAAACUUGGAGAACAAGAACACGGACAGGGACGGACCGCAAGAGCCAGUAACCAACACUGCUAGCUAGAACUAAAACAGAUGUACAUCGAGACUUUUUGAUGCUUAUCUGAAUCACUCAGCCAGUCUAGAGGUUUUUAUAAACUCAUUUAAAGAUUUCUGCUGGGAACAGAUGCUUAAGAAACGUUCAGACGCUUUUUGUCAUUUCCAUUAUUGUUCAUGUUGUUUAUAGUUACAGUGAUCCUCUUCCUCGAAUCUGGUGCUGACUUACUGUGCCACAACCCAACAACACUCAUGUCUGGAUGGUAACCCUUGUUCCCUUAACCUCCACCCUAAACCUUUGUAGCAGCAAAUGCAUUGGGGUUACUAUCUAAACCAGUGGUUCUCAACUUGUUUGCUCGGCAUUUGGCAAAACGACCAAAAUAUAUAGGAAAAUGUAUUAGCUAUCCUAACUGUACUUGAUGCUAUGGUUAGUUGCAGUUUCUGCUUCUUAACAGACCUGUGAUCUGCUUUUUGGACCUGACUCACCGGUUGAGAACCACUGUUGAUCAUUCGUUAUUCAGUCCCACUGAACUUGGAGAAUUGUGUCUUUGUUAAACUCAGGGAUCAUGUGACGUGCACCUCCAUGCCUCUGUUACACAGUAUACUAUGUGUAUGUGGGACUAUGGUGACACCCUGGACAUAAAAUUCACUGAUCAUGUCUACUGAAAACACAAUGAGCCUUCUUUACAGUAGCUGUCCAUCAUGUCAGCCAACAAUCAAUAAAUGCAUUUAAUAGAUGUAUAAUCCAG